UACCCUCUGGCGGGAAGAAGAUUCGGGAGAAUGGAGGUGCAGGCCAGUGGAGAGAGCGCUGGGGAAGGCGGGCUACAGGAUCCUGCUCCUGCCCCCAGCAAGGCCUCGGGCAGCACCGGCCACUACGAGCUGCCGUGGGUUGAAAAAUACAGGCCAAUAAAGCUGAACGAAAUUGUUGGAAAUGAGGACACCGUGAGCAGGCUGGAGGUCUUUGCAAGAGAAGGGAACGUGCCCAAUAUCAUCAUUGCUGGGCCCCCUGGAACUGGCAAAACCACCAGCAUCCUGUGCUUGGCACGAGCCCUCCUGGGCCCCGCGCUGAAGGAUGCGGUUCUGGAGCUCAACGCGUCCAAUGACAGGGGCAUCGAUGUUGUACGGAAUAAAAUAAAGAUGUUUGCCCAGCAGAAAGUGACGCUUCCCAGGGGCCGGCACAAGAUCAUCAUCCUUGACGAGGCCGACAGCAUGACGGAUGGCGCGCAGCAGGCCCUACGGAGGACCAUGGAGAUCUACUCCAAGACCACCCGCUUCGCACUGGCCUGCAACGCCUCGGACAAGAUCAUAGAGCCCAUCCAGUCCCGCUGCGCCGUGUUGCGCUAUACCAAGCUCACCGACGCGCAGGUCCUCGCGCGGCUCCUGAGAGUCAUCGAGAAGGAAGCUGUGCCCUACACGGAUGACGGCCUGGAAGCCAUCAUCUUCACGGCGCAGGGCGACAUGCGGCAGGCGCUGAACAGCCUGCAAUCCACCUUCUCUGGCUUUGGCUUCAUCAACAGCGAGAACGUGUUCAAGGUCUGUGAUGAGCCACACCCCCUGCUGGUGAAGGAGAUGAUCCAGCACUGUGUGAGCGCCAACAUCGACGAGGCCUACAAGAUCCUCGCCCACCUGUGGCACUUGGGCUACGCGCCAGAGGACAUCAUCGGCAACAUGUUCCGCGUGUGCAAGACUUUCCAGAUGGCCGAGUACCUAAAGCUGGAGUUCAUUAAGGAGAUCGGCUACACGCACAUGCGCGUGGCGGAAGGCGUGAACUCCCUUCUGCAGAUGGCGGGGCUGCUGGCCAGGUUGUGUCAGAAGACAAUGGCGCCGGUGGCCAGUUAGAGUGGGGACGUCGCCAGCACACCCUGAGGAGCCCUCACCCCAGAGCCGGAGAGCUGCAGGCUCCAGUGGGGGUGCGUCCAGCUUUCAGUUCUGCUGUGUCCAGGCAUGUGGCACAUCCUGUUGUGCGCGUGUCUGGGGGACCUGGUGACAUGAUGGGUGGCACAGCCAGGUGCAGGUGCUAUUCACAUUGGGGCAAUAAAGCUGGACCGUGUUUGUCCUGCAGCGUUUGACAUUGCCAGGUUUC